GCCUGGAAGAUAACAAGUCAAAAAAAAAAAAGUUACUUAGGUACCAGGACGCGGGGUUUCUAACUUUCCCUCCAGUCCGAUCGAGACAUACGUCCUACGUAAUGACCGAGACUACUUAGUUCAAUUAACUUCACCUUCCUAUCUACCCUAUUCAUCACGUUGAUCACUUUAUAUUUCUUAGCAUUCCCAUCUCGAGUUAGUAAUAGUAAUCACGAGAGCGACCAAAGAUGGGGAGAUUAGACAGAAGAUUAGAUGAAAUCAACGAGAAACUGGAGGAAUUAGUAGCGUUCCAGAGCGAAACCUCCGGUACGAGUCGAAGUGGCUUUACCCCAGCGACAAGCGAGACGAUGGGCGACAACUUCCGCGAUAACUACUCCUACACCUCCGAAUGCAAGACCGCAACCAUGCUCAUGCGAGAAACCGUUCCGUGGCCAGGUCAGACCUACAUAAUCCGCGAACCAUCAACCCGUAUGCAAAUCACACUCAUAGACGGGGAGCUCCGGCUUGAAGACCAUAAAGGUGAUCAAGGGGGUUAUCACUGGAAGUGCAUCGAGACGAACGGCUGGUUAGGGUUUUAUAAUCCGAGUGAUAUGCUGCAUAUAGGGCAUGACAAUAGGGGAAAUUUCAUCGCACGGGCGCAGCAGCAUGAUUCUUGGGAGUAUUUCGGUACGAGAGCACAUCCGGAUGGAGGAUACUUGUUGUUGAUGAGGCAUGGGAAUACCUUGUGGAAGAUGACUAUCGGUGAGGAUGGACGAAAAUUGGUUGAGACAAACGAAAAAGAGAAAGGGACGGCAUGGGAAUUUGUUAAGGUUUGAAUUGGUGAAUAUUGGGUUGGGCAAAAGGUCACGAUAACAAAUGUGUAUGGAUCAGAUUGUCGACAUUUUGUAACAUGGCUGUACAAUGACUUAUGAGUCAGAUUUUCUGGGUAGAUUCCGUCGGAAUGGCGUUUCUGAAUGACAUUGAUGAUUUUUCCCAGUAGCAGUUAUUGCUGUACUGAAUAUAUCUUCCUCCGUUGUCUUAACUUCAUCAGUAUCGAGCC